AUGUCCUACGCAUCCUUAUACCAGCGACGAAAAACCACAUCUCCUCCCGUAUCCCCUACUCACAAACCUCACAGUAAUCACAAUAACAAUAACAACAAACAACAAGAAGAAGAGGAAUGCGAAGAUCCACACAACUCCCUAGAGUUACAAUGGCCAUCAGUUGUUGUUAAUACUAUUACUAAUACUAAUACUAAUACUAAUACUAAACGAGAGAAAGAGAAGGAACUCUCACAUACAAAUAUCUCUGAUUCUACAACAACAACAAGAACAACAAGAAGAAGAAGGAGAGUAUCUGGUUUAAAUACGCCGCCCCCUCUCUCAUCAACAUCAUCAUCAUCCCCUUCACUGAUAAAAGUAUCAAGUAAGGAAAUAACCGCCAAAUUGAUGAAUAUCAUGCAAGCUCGAGAAAAGAUUGAGAAUCUUAUUCAUCUACAAAAGGAUGAUGAAGAGUCUCUCAUUUCUUUAAUACGAUCACUUCUCAUCCGUGAGGAGGACGAUGAUACCAAUGGUGAGAAGACUCAAACAGUAUUACAAAAUGCCAUUUUAGAUCGUAAUAAAGCCUUACAAUUGUUAAAUACAAUGCGAUUGGAGGGAAAUGCCAUUAUUCACCGAAUGCAUCAAAAUAUGAUUCAACAACAACAACAAAUUGAAUCUCUUAUGCAGGAAAAUAUAAGAUUGCGUAAUAGUCUUAGUGAGGCACUGGCUUUAAUAACAGAUAUUAGUUCUCAUAAUAAUAAUAAUAAUAAUAAUAAUAAUAAUAAUAAAAAUAAGAUAAAUGAUAGUGGUAACUUGGAUGAAACGGGUACUAUACCGAUAGCCGUUGAAUCUGCAGUGGUAGAGGAGAACCCUGUUCCUCCAUUCUCACAGUUGUUCCUUUCAGUUUCAUCAGAGAAGAGUAAUAAUAAUAAUAAUAAUAAUAAUAAUAAUAAUAAUAAUAAUAGUAUGAAUGUGAGCUCUGUUAGUAGUAAUGGUAACAGGAGUAAUGGAGGGGAAAUAGCUGCGGAGACGGUUACCUCAAGCCUGCGAUUACGGCAAAUGAUAUCUACACUUCAGACAGCACUGCGUUGUGAAAAACAACAACGUUUAGAGGCGGAGGAACUCUCACAUAAAAUGGCAUUAGAACAUCAACGUAAUGUUUCUUUAAUGGAAGUGCGAUUACAACGUAUUCAAAGGAGUACGAGUAGUGGUCCCACACGGAAGUACACAUCUUUUCAACAACAACUACAGCAACAACAACAACUACAACAGAAAGAAGAAAAAGAGGAACUUGGGUUUAAAGAGGAAGUUCACUCAGCUAAGGAUGAGCUUAGUACUCUUUUGGCAUCCCUCGCAGAAUCUACAAUGACGAAAUAA